AUGAUAUAUACGGCGAAGAAGCUCGGCCAAGGGAGCUCGGGGUUUCGCACUCGGUUCUUGUCAUCUAGCAGCGUCAACCCCAGCGCUCACGGGAAGCACCAGAUUCCGAAGAGCGUUACGACAACUCCGGGUCAACUCUGUGCAGGCGAGACGGAGACGGAGACAGACGAGCCUUCUCGACACCUCCCAACUUCGCGCAUCAUACACUCCUCCGACCCAUUGAUCCCCCCGAACUCUCUCGAGGAGACCCUCACGCCCCUUCUCUUCGAGGCGUUCCGCCUCCUGUCCAUCGUGCCCGCCAUUUUCGGCACAAUGUAUAACAUAUAUCUCGCCUGGCAUCUUCCCCGUGCAGGCAACACUACGCGUCUAGAUUACAUUGUCUCUGCUUUUUGGGCAAUACUCACAGGCUUUCAAUGUCUGCGUCUUACCACCGGCCUGCUGCACCGUUGGAGGAUGUACUACCCCCCGCUGUCCACACUCAUCCGCCUCCUCGCACUGCAGGCGAUCUGCUGGCCCGCGACGCACCUGACGCUCUCAUUCCUCGAGCACGCGAAGCGCCCCGUCAUAUGCUGGGCCAUCAUCGGCACCACGACCAGCGUGUCACGCGCGAUCCAGCUUUGGGUGACGAGCAAUCUCUGGUGGGAAACGGAGGGGAAGGCCGAGCGCCAGGGAUGGAAGAGGAAGAUCGGCGGGCGGUGGGGCGGGCGCCGGUGGGACUGGGCAGAGGUGUGGGCGCAGUGCGGCGUCCCGAUGGGGAUGUGCUAUUUCGUGAUGGCGUGGGCGGAGGCGCUGAGGAGGGAUUGGCAGGGCUGCUGAGUGCGUUGUUGUUUGUGGCCCUAGAUCCGUUUCGUUUCGUUUCUGUCCGUUUCCUCGUUAGACUUCGAGGCAGCAAGAGCUGCUACUUAUUUCUGCUCCUGGGCUGUCUCUAUUUUCCACUCUGUUCAUCCACGGACCUCGUAUGUAUUUUCUCCUCCGCCCGCCCUCUGCUCCGGAGUUGUACGCGUCGAUGUGUCGUUCCGCUUACUUUCCUACUCCGUUCGUCAGUUCGUUCGUCCUUGUUCAUCCCGUUAGCUACUCUCACGCGUCCGAUAGACUUCACUUAUGCUCGUAAAUUGCUGGGUGUCCAUUACUUUGUUUUUUGGUUGUACGAUGUC